CCAGGUUUUGAUGGUGAUUGACUGUGAUUGUUUGGACUGCCUCACCGUGACUGCACCAUGUUACGGGAGACUGGAGCCACUUUUGAGGGCCCAGACCCGGUCUGGCUUGCCAGCUUGUUUGCGGGUCACUGCGAGAUUUUCAUAGUUCGACUGGAAGUAUGGUCCCCUGAGCACGCCGGAGGCUUUGCAGACGUGGGGCCACCGGAGCCACCGCCUGCAGAGCCGCCUGAGCCAGCGCCGGUGGAGCCGCUUUCGGGGGGUGAGGCCAAAGAGCCUUCACCCAACACCGAUGCCAAAGAGCAUGAGAUGGAAACAGUCGAAGAGGUGAAGAAGCAGCUGCCGAAAGAACCAAAGCGGAAAGCAACGACUGCUGCUGCCUCGCCACGCAAGCGGAAGCGACAGAAAGGCCCGGAUUCAGAUCCACUCGCUGACGCAGCGCCUGCUGAUGCUGCACUUGAUGACCUGGCGGUGCUCGCUGACUUGAUGCCAGUUGGCUUGGCGCCUGCUGACUCGGCGUCUGACCUGGCGCCUGCUCACUCGGCACCAGCUGACUCGGCGGCAUCUGACUCGGCGCCUGCUCACUCGCCGGCUGACUCGGCGCCUGCUGACUCGGCGCCGGCUGACUCGGCGCCGGCUGACUCAGUGCCGGCUGAAUCGGCGCCGGCUGACUCGGGGCCAGCCGACUCGGCCGAAGAGGUGGAGAUCGAGCUCGAGGAUCCAGAGCUGGGAACCGCGAGCCUUCGCGUGCCCAGGGCCGCCGCGCAGGCAGUGCGGAAAGAGAGCGAUGCUUUUCAAACGGAGCUGGGCGUGACCGCCACCUGGUGCGAGUCGGAAGCGGAUGUCGUCGCUGAGCAGAUGGCUGAAAUGCAGGAGAUGACGGUCGGGACGGAGGUCCGGGCCCGCUACGGCUGGCGGUGGUUCGAUGCCACCAUCACGGAGGCCGACCCCUUCAGCGAUGAAGUCCAGGUGCGGUGGAAGUACGACGGGAGCACAUCCACGCUGGGUCUCAAGGACUUGCAGCUCUCGGAGGAGCUGGAGCAGAGGAGGAAGCGGCGCGCCUGGCUGAGAUCCGCCUGGCAGCUCUGGAUCUCGGGCCCCGCGCGUGCCCGGAAGAUCGCGGUGGCCAGGGUCAUGGGAAAGGCGGAGCAGAAGUGCCCGGGCCUAUGGUCCGGGGACCUGCUGGAGGCUGCGGAGGAGCUGCGUGGCGCGGGCAAGGAUGCCUCGGCCGACAUCAAGCUCGUCUCCUUCUCGGAAGCAGGCUUGGGCGCCGCUUGCCAGACGCUGCAGCCCGGCCUCCGGGGGCUCCUGCGCCGCGCUGGGGACGCCGCGGGCUGCUACUUGCAGCUGCUAGGCGAUGCGGCCGUGCUGGUGGUGGGGUCGAAGGAGGAGCGGGAGCGAGGUGCUGACUGCCUGUGUUGGAAGGCGGCCGAGAAGCUCUCGCGCACGAGUCCCGUCUCCGGUGACAUGUCCGACGCAUCCGAGGUCUCACUGAGUUGGACUCACGGCCGCGACCGGGUGCAGCUUCAGUUGGACGGGAGCUUGGACCUCUUGGUGAACGGGCACUGCCAGAUCCGGAACCUGGUGCUUGUGCUGGGCACCGCUUCGGAGCUCUACCUGGCGGGCCAGGGCGUGCAGCGUUGGCUUCCGGCACCACAGGAGGUGGUGCUGCGCGCCCUGCGGCUCUACCACCACGCUCCCAUCGCCGCAAAGCCGCCAGGCGUGACGAUCCUGGAGACCACGGUGGGCCAAACCGCCUGGCUGGAGCCGGUGGACCUGCGUGCCAUUGAGGUGGAUUGCAAGACCAUGGUGGUGGCUGCAGAUAGCUGCGGGCGGGACAACUGGACGGAAGAGGCGCCCUCACGGCUCCUGGUCUGUGGUGGGCGGCGAGCGGUCGCCGCCGAGCGGCUAGCGGCGCUGCUUGCGGGCAUUGCGGAGAGGACGAAGGAGGCCGCGGAGGCGGCGAGAUUGGCAGGAGGGAUGCAAGACUUGGAGCCUGCCAGUUCGGCGCCGGUGCCCACAGGCCAGCUUGAAGCCAUCGUUUGGUACUCAGCGCUUCUACGGGCCCUGGCGCUGUUCGGCUUUGUAGCGUUGAGUCUUGGGGCGCCCGGGCGCAUCCGGGGGCACCAGGUGGCAGUGGAGGAGGUCCAGGAGUCGCUGCAAGAGACCAUGCAGGCCAUCCUGCGAGGCGGGUCCAUGACGCAGCAUUUGGAAGACAUCGAGAGGAGCAUUUGGCAGACCUACCAGUCACUGCCGAAGAACGAGGUGGGGCACAUCGGGCCGCGGGCCAUCAGAUACUUGGUGCACAACUACUUUGCCAAGGAGCACGGGUGGCUCAUCAAGGGCCUGGAACCCCAUGGCCAUCAACAGGAGGUGUCGGAAAUCCACGAGGUCAGCAUCUUGCAGGACAAGGCGCCCAUGCUUGUGGAGUCCUUGCUGGAAGCUCAGAGGGCUGACCGCGGCUUGUCGCUCAUGGACGCCGUUGCCAUGGUGGCAACCUUGGAACGCCUCAUCUUCGACGAGGCUCUGCUGCUCCUGCACGCGGCCUACAACCUGAACUCCGUUGAGACGCACCAAGCGCUGACCGAGCAGAGCUUGCACCAGGUGCUGACCUCCUACCUGGUGCUCUUCGAGAUGGGCCAAAAGGCCUCCCUGGAGAACAAGGAGCUGCACCGGGCCCUGAAGUCGCGGGCGGCCGCGGCGGGCUCCAACUGGCCGCUGCUCGUGGAGUUCGAAGAGGAUGCGGUCCGGAACUACGCCUUCGCCAGGCGCCACGAGCGGAACCCCUUCGACCCGGAGACCUUCACCUUCGCGGAGGCCGAGCAGAUCAUCGAGGGCCUCACGCGGGGCUACGGCAAGUGGCAGAACACCGAGUGUCAGCAGAUGAAGCAAGAGCUCAUGGAGCUGGAUGUGAAGGGCAUGGGCCGGGUGCCUCUGGCCAAGUUCUACUCCCAGCCGGAGAACGCGGAGUAUCACUUCACGGAAACCCAGGAGUACCUGAGGCAGGUGGGCGCGCUUGACGAGACCCGGGGCGAGGCGUAUGUCCGCAUCGCCAACUACAUGACGGGCCCCUCCAACUGCAUCGCCUCCUCCUCCUACUACUCGGUGUGCUGCCUGAACGAGUGCGAGGGCCUCAUGAACGAGCUGGAGAGCAAGAUCCUGGCGCCCGCGGCGAGCGUGGAGCGGCUGCUGGGCCUGGUGGCCAACAUGUCCUCGGCCACCGUGGACGCGCCCCGAAGCCUGCCGCGGCACCUGGCGGAGAGGCUGCAGACCAUCGCAGAGCGGCACGAGGGCGAGGUGCCGCUGCACGGGCGGCUCUUCGCCCAGUGGCUGCAUCACGCCUUCCCCAAUGAGUGCCCCUUCCCCCACAUCACGGAGGCGGCGGUGCUGGCGCCCGGCCACUGGAUGGACAAGAAGGCGGUGGUCUCCAAAACCGAGAGGGAGGAGCUGGCCGGUGUGCUCACCACCUUUGCGGAGGACGAGGUUGUGAACCAGACGGCGCUGGCCUGGUCGGAGGACGAAGUGCUGGCGGCAUACGACCCGAAGGUGGCGUCCACCAACUGGGUGCGGGUGGCCAUGCAGCUGGCGCUGCUGCUGGGCCUGCUGCGCACUGCGCUGGGCAUGGUGUGCCAACUCUGCGGCUUCCAGGUCCAAG